CUCAUUUCACAGUCAAGUCUGUUUCUCCACCAGCCCAGCUGGUGUUACACUGAGCUGCAGCAAACGGAAACAUCACAAGGCUUCGUUAGUCUGAAUUAUGGGGGCAUCAGAUGAUGUUAGGUUUUUGUGACAGACAGUCAAGGAGGAGGGAAUGCCUUUUGUAUUGGUCGUCAGAAGCCUCCUCUUUUCUUUGUAAUGAAGAGAAUUUUAAUGAUUAGAUCUGUUUAAUGGGAAUGUCUGGCAGUCAUCUCUGGCAGUGAUGGUAGAUCUCCCCAGGUUUGUUGCCGGUUCAUGUGAAGAUGGACCGAAGUUCAGCUUUAGGGGAAAUUGACCAACAAUCCACCGUGUAAUCACCUGCAGAAACCCAGAAGAGAGUUGUUCCAAUUGCGUCAACCUGCCAGCUUUGCAGAAGAAAAACAGUAAUUGUUUCUGCAAUGGUUACAUGAGCUGCAGUGGCAUACUGGCAGACGUUGUUUGUAUUCAGUUCACUGUCAACUCAUAGAAAGAAAGAAAGGCAAGAAAAGGUGCCCAAAUCAAAUCAUGAAUUUUUUCAUGAAGUUUCCUCGGCAUUUGCGGAGGAUGGUGUUCUUGCUGGCGGCCUUUUGCAUGGUGAGUGUUAUUAUAUCAGCUUAUUACCUUUAUACUGGUUACAAGCAAGAGCUGGAACUUUCUAAGCCGACCCCAGGACAAGAUUGUGGAGAUCCAAAACUUUUACCAUAUAGAUUGUUUGAAAUGAAGACUGCAAGACCAAUUGACACAUCCAGAGCAGACCCUGUGGUUCUGGUAUUUGUUGAGACUCAAUAUUCACAGCUCGGACAGGAGAUUGUGGCAAUUUUGGAGUCAAGCCAUUUUAAACACCACACUGAAAUUGCCCCUGGCAAAGGGGACAUGCCAGCCCUAACAAAUAAGGACCGGGGAAGAUAUGCACUUGUUAUAUAUGAAAAUAUUUUAAAAUAUGUGAAUAUGGACUCGUGGAAUAGAGAACUGCUCGAUAAGUACUGUAUGGAGUAUAAUGUUGGCAUUAUAGGAUUUCACAAAGCCAAUGAGAAUAGUUUACUGAGCUCACAGUUGAAGGGUUUCCCACUGAACCUGCACACCAACCUUGCUCUGAAGGAUUGCUGUAUCAACCCACGAUCUCCUUUGCUGCACAUCACCAAAGCGAAAGAAAUCGAGAGAGGCCCACUCCCAGGAGAGGACUGGACUGUGUUCCAGUUCAAUCACUCCACUUACCAACCUGUGUUACUAGCCAAACCAAGAUUGACUGAAAACAUUCCUCACCAGAUCACUGACGAGGUUCUCCAAGCCACCGUGGUUCAGGACCUGGGGCUGCUAGAUGGCAUUCAGCGAAUCCUGUUUGGGAACAACCUAAACUUUUGGCUGCACAAACUUAUUUUUAUGGAUGCAAUCGCUUUCCUUACAGGGAAGAAACUGUCACUUUCCUUGGAAAGAUACAUUCUUGUGGAUAUUGAUGACAUAUUUGUGGGGAAAGAAGGAACAAGGAUGAACGUUAACGAUGUGAAGACUGUUGUGUCUAAUGUUUUAUCUGUAGAAAAAUGGCUUCAGCCAAACAAUAACUGCCUUCAUGAAUUCUUAAUUGUUGAGCAUAUAAUCUUGUUGGCUUCACAAAGUCAGAAAUCCCCAGGGAAUGAAUGGGAACCUGAUCCUACACCAGAUCUGGAGCAAGUUCCCCUGCAUUUCAUCCUCAGUUCAUCCCAGACUCAUAAAAGGGUUGUGAAAAUUCAGGAUGUAUUUACCUGCAAGCAGUUGAAUGCCGGGAUGCUCGCAGAGGAUGAAGGUGAUGAUCUGCUGCUAAAGUACGUGAAUGAAUUUUGGUGGUUCCCCCACAUGUGGAGCCACAUGCAACCUCAUCUCUUCCACAAUGAAUCGGUGUUGGCUGAGCAAAUGAUUCUCAACAAGGAGUUUGCAUUAAAACAUGGCAUUCCUAUUGACAUGGGCUAUGCUGUGGCACCGCAUCACUCUGGUGUCUAUCCAGUCCAUGUCCAGCUGUAUGAAGCAUGGAAGAAAGUAUGGGGCAUCAAGGUGACCAGUACCGAGGAGUAUCCGCACUUGAAACCUGCACGAUACAGGCAUGGCUUCAUCCAUAGUAGCAUCAUGGUACUCCCACGUCAAACUUGUGGCCUUUUCACCCAUACUAUAUUCUACAAAGAGUACCCUGGAGGCCCAAGAGAACUGGACAAAAGCAUCAGGGGAGGAGAGCUUUUUCUCACUGUUCUUCUUAAUCCAAUCAGCAUAUUCAUGACGCACUUAUCCAACUAUGGGAAUGAUCGACUGGGACUCUAUACCUUUGUGAACUUGGCUAAUUUUGUUCACUGCUGGACCAACCUGAAACUGCAGACUAUGCCUCCUGUGCAGCUGGCACACAAAUACUUUGAGCUCUUUCCUGAGCAAAAGGAACCACUGUGGCAGAAUCCAUGUGAUGAUAAACGACACAAGGACAUCUGGUCCAAAGAGAAAACCUGCGAUCGCUUACCAAAAUUUCUGGUUGUUGGACCCCAAAAAACAGGCACCACAGCUUUGUACCUGUUCCUAAUUAUGCAUCCAGCCAUCACCAGUAACUUCCCCAACCCAAAGACCUUUGAAGAAGUGCAGUUUUUCAAUGGGAAUGCUUAUCACAAGGGAAUUGACUGGUACAUGAAUUUUUUUCCUGUCCCUUCCAAUGUGACCACGGACUUUUUGUUUGAGAAGAGUGCAAACUACUUCCACUCUGAGGAUGCUCCAAAGCGAGCUGCUGCCCUCUUGCCAAAGGUGAAAAUAAUUACCAUUCUCAUCAACCCUUCAGAUCGGGCUUACUCCUGGUACCAGCACCAGCGAGCUCAUGAAGAUCCAGCGGCUCUACGCUACAGUUUUUAUGAGGUGAUCACGGCAGGCCGACGAGCCAUUCCCGAGCUUCGCGCCCUUCAUAAUCGGUGUCUGGUGCCUGGCUGGUAUGCAGCUCAUAUCGAGAGGUGGCUAACAUACUACCCUGCUAGUCAGUUACACAUUAUAGAUGGGCAUAAGCUGAGGACUGACCCUGCUGCAGUAAUGGAUGGAGUGCAGAAAUUCCUUGGAGUUUCCCAGUACUACAAUUAUUCUCAAGCUCUGACGUUUGAUCCACAAAAAGGCUUCUGGUGCCAGUUGCUUGAAGGAGGGAAGACAAAGUGUCUGGGAAAAAGCAAAGGCAGGAAGUAUCCAGCAAUGGAUGUGGAGUCCCGAACAUUCCUCUCAAGAUACUACAAAGACCACAACAUUGAACUGUCCAAGCUGUUCUACAGACUGGGUCUGCCAUUGCCAGCUUGGCUGAGGGAAGAGCUGCAAAAAGUGAUGAGAUAGUUGUUGUUGGAAAACUGGAAGCAAUUUUCUUACUAUCAGUCUCAAAACACAGCAUCCAGUACUCCAGUAGUCCUUUCUUCCCAAACUCGGAGUGACUGCCAAAAAUAAACAAC